GAAGCCCACCCCACCUCCCUGUCUGGUAGUGUUAUUAUACUACUUGGGUAUCUGGGCUUCUUUAACUUUCCCUUUCUUCUUCUGUAGACUGCAGCAUAAGCUACAUUUCUUUGGAUUCCCUUUCUCUUCAAACUUCAAACCCCUCCACACACACGUUUUUACUCACUUUUUGAUUACUUUUAACACACUUCACCUACUAGAAAACAACCCCGUUUAGCCUCUUCUUUUCCUUUCUUUAAAUACUACCAUCCCAUGCGCCAACCCAACCAAAAAAAGGGUCUUGCAAAGGAAACAAGUCUUAGUUGGACCUCUCUCUCUCAUCAUAAGUCAAUCUGCAUCCAUCCUACCUUCUUUCUUGACUGACUUUCCCAUUCCACCAAUGGAUGAAUUUUACUGGAGGAGGAGCAAUGUCCCCGCAUUUGGGAGCUGGGACUGCAACGACGACCUGCCGUUCACGCAGUGCUUUGAGUCGGCACGGCAGGCAGGGCUGCUUCGUUACAACUACUCUCAGGACCGUGAUCUCUACGUGGCGGGGGAUUUGUAUGAGAAUGAUGUUGUUACUCCUGCAAUGAUUGUUGUUCCUCGCCGUAGGGGGAAAGCAGCAGCUGGAGUAUACGGAUAUGGAUAUGGUUAUCCCAAAGAGAAAGGAGGUAAAAAAGAUGCAUGGGUGAUGUGUGAUUGUGACUGUGAGCUAAGAUCACCACCACGUAGCCCUGUUGCAGCUGCACCCUUACCCACCCCUCCUCCUGCACCUAAAGCCGUUGAUGAAGAUUUGUACAAGAUCUCUCCUCAUCUCCUCCGUCAACACGCCAAAAGGAAGAGGGCAUGGGGGGGUAUCUUUUCAAGCUGCCUGAGGCCCACAUGCGUGUGUUGAAUUCAGCUCAUUGGAGUUUGGUAAAUAUAUGGGCAAGACAAGAAGACGACUCAUGAGAUAAUAUAUAUAUAUAUAUAUAUGUUAUGUUGGUAGAGUAGUUAAUAGUAGUUGGUGAGUGUUGAGAGAAGGUAUUUGUUUGGCCCAAGAAGAUGAAUUCGAAGGUUAUCAUAUGAUAAUGAUGGCCUCUCUUAUUGCUAAUUAAUGCCAACUGUUUUUGCUUCUCUUUUUCUGGCGCUGUUUUCAAUCUCUUUUCUUGUAUUAAAAUAGUGAGGAGUGUAAGAGGGGAGGGAGACACUAUCAUCAUCACUUUGGGUUUCUUGCCACUCUUGUGUAAAAGUUAUUGAGGCUUCCUCCUUACCUCUCCUUCUGCUCACUUAUUUUUAUUAUAAUA